UACGUGAUUAACGAGCUAACUUUCCGACAGGAAACAUAGGCAGCUAAAGCUUUGCAGAGGCGUGAUUCGAAGCAACGAAAAUGGCAAAAAUUAUUACUGUUUUUGGAGCUACUGGAGGGCAAGGUGGAGGAGUAGUUUCUGCGCUGCUCAAAGCAAUUUCUAGAGGAGAACCCUACGCUAUCCGCGCCGUGACGAGGAGGCCAGAUGGAGAAAAGGCUAAACAACUGAAGAUUCAAGGCUGUGAGGUUGUGGUAUGUGAUAUGGACAACAAAGGAUCCGUGGAACAGGCAAUCAAAGGCUCCUACGGAGUUUUCCUGGUGACAAACUACUGGGAACAUUUUAGUAUGGAGAAAGAAGUAGAACAAGGUAAACGAGUCAUCGACGUGUGCGAAGCGCUUGGAGUGAAGCAUUUGAUUUACAGUGGGUUGGAAAAUGUGAAGAAAGCGAUUGGAAUUGAGUGUGGUGAGUAAUAUGUUGUGAGUUUCAAAAUUCGUGGCCCGCUGAGCACCGUGAAGUUGUGAUUAAUACAAAUAUCAACCGAGCGAUCUGGGUGGUGCUCCGACAAACUCGUUUUUGAAAAAAAUAUUACAUUUCCUGCAGAUAAAUAUCGGUGGCAGUUAUAAUCUGUUUCAAAAUUCUACGGGACGGAGCGAAGAACUGUAGUGUACCGGAAAAUUAACUAAAUGAAUUGUUACGGGCGAGCAAAAAUUUAGAGAAUCUGCUUUGUCAUGGUGCAAAAAUUGGUCCUCGAUUCUAUUGUUAUUUGAGUUUUUGUAAUUAGUAUGUCACAUCAAGGACAUUUGACAUCGUGUUUUUAUUUCUUUUUUUAUUUCAAGAUGAUUCAUUUGGUCAAGUAAAACGAAUAUCGCGUUUCCCAAGAGUAUUUGCUAAAGCAAAGAAGCUUGGUGUUGACAUAUUCUGCGCACGAGAACAGUGUUCCGGUUGAGUUGAAAACGUAAAUUGGCCACCGUAAAGAGUUUAAAGGCUGACGUUUCGUCUAUCGCUCCGACGAAGGGCCAAGCGUUUGAAACAUCAGCCUUUAGAUUAUUUACGUUGGCCAAGUAAGGUUUUUAACUCAGUUGAUGACACUAAAUGACCUUUUAUACUCUCUCACAGACACAGCACUACAGUUUCCUUAGAAACUUACCCCCUUCAUUCAUAGUGUUCCGGUUGAUUGACUUAUCAAUUAAUGGCCCGUAGGGAGAAAAGAGAGGUUGUUAGUACUUCGUUACUUUUGUUUUCUUCGGCCCUCGAAAAAAGGUUUGAUAUGAGCCUGAAUAUACGUACUUUCCUUGAUGAUUUACGAACGAAUAUCAUGUUUACUCCGACCAUAUUUCAUUCGCAAAUGAACAUUGAGUCUUCUCACUCACAGCCCUGAAUCGAUUAAUAAUCGGGAGUGCUACGCAACAAAACAGAGAAAUAGGUAGUUUAGACUGCGUGUUGCCACUGAUAUAGCGUAGUUUUUUAUGGCACUGAAAAGAAAAAAACAACACGACGCCCGAAAUCUUCUGACGAUGUAAAAUGUCGAAAUAAAGUUUUUCCUGCGACAAACAAACCUUCUGGUGUAACAACUCUCUUUGCCUCCUAUUGUCACUUCCUCCACUGCCGCAUUACGAUUGCGUUCCCUUGCGCCCUUCGUAGUGGACAGGGGUAAUGGAGGUUCUGGGAACGAGAUCACACUCGUCAUCGCUAAUGCAAAUGAAAUUUGCUAUCUUACUCUGGAAGCCGGUUAUCCAGACAUCUACCGAGCAGCAAGCAAUAAGGCAAAUCAGAUGCCUGUAUUGGCUGAGGCAGUUUGUAUGCUCUCAUCCGGUCCUUGGGCCACGCGACUCACCGAAAUGAUGACUUAGUCGUUAUUGAAAAAUAACAACCAUUAUUUGCUCCUUCUUCUUCUCCUUUUUCAGCUCACUUUGAUGGUAAAGGCAUGGUUGAAGAAUACCUCCACACAAAAAAGCUCAAAGAACGCUUGCCUUUUACCAUAGUACGCUUCCCGUUCUAUUACAACAACCUGGUAUCGCUCUUUACACCUCGGAAAAAGGACGAUGGUACUUUACUAUACGAUAUUCCGAUGGAAGGUGUUGCCAUGGAUGGAAUAGACGUCACACAAGGCGGAGAAUGUGUCUAUGGUAAAAGAAACUCCUUUGUUCAUUGUUUUCCUUUUUUUUCCUACUACUCGCGCUCUUGCAGUUUGAUUUUUGAUCCAUCAUAUUUGUCACAGGCAUUUUGGAGAGCCCGGACUGUUACCAUUUCAAAACCAUUGGUCUGAGUGGAGACAAGAUUACAAUCCAGCAAUAUUGUGAGACACUGACCAAACAUUUAGAGGAAAAAGGCUUAAAAUUUGAGGUUAGCUGAAAUGUCAGUCUGAUUUAAUAUAAGGGAGGCUUCAAUAGUAAAACAUGUUGGGUUUCCUUGGGUUUGUACGCAUUGCGCACCUAUCAUUUAAUUCGCGCCAGGAAUAGUGAGAUCAAGAGAUGUUAAGAAUUAAACCCUAUCCAUGUACAUCUUGGAAGACUUUUAGUGGCAUAACAUCUCACAAGGAAAGAACUCCCCUUUCUGACACUGAGGCCGACGGCUUGCUCUUAUUGUGAUCUGUGCGCCUGUGGAAAGACACAGCAUCGGUACUCCUUAACUUUGAAGUCUGGAAAAGUCACAGCGUCAUUCGAAAAAAUGUAAUCACUGCAAUUAAAACAAUUACAGCCCAUUUCAUCCUGCUGAAGAUGAGUCUAAUCUUAGAAGAAGUUGUUCACAUCAACUGUAAACACUAAGAAUGGAACUAGUAAAACUUACAGAUUGGGUCCACACCGAGGUGAUUAACUGGGACAACCUUGACUCAUUCCACGGACUAUCCUCCAAAACUAAAAAGCCAGUAGCUUUCUAAAUGCUGUAGUUCUAGACCUAUCUAAGGCUGUCUAUGACCAACUGAAUCCGCAUCAUCUACUGCGGCAAGAACUAAUUAACAUUGGUGUUACCACUUCCCACACUAAAUAGAUUAGAUCUUACGUCACAAAUACGUCACAAGUCAGUCACAGCAGUCGGAGAUGCUGACGUAUAAGCCUCUAAAAUGCCCGUCUAAGCUACUAGAAUGCUCAUUGGGCGGUAUAUUGGGACCGCUACGCGUUUUUCAUUCGUGUGAUCUCCUUAUGUGUUAUGCACUGCUGUCGAUCAUAUUUCGAACCCCUUCUUAAACAUGUGCGAUGUUUACGAAUAUUCAAAGCGUGAUAUUCUACAGUUAAUCCAGAAUGUUUGCUUUUGUGUAGCCGUUGAUUGUCGGUUGCCGGUUGCAUGAAAUUAAAUCACAAGUUUGGCUCUGAAUGUUAGGGUUCCUGCAUUUUAUGGAAAGGCGUUAUAAAGCUUCUUUUUUUUUUUUUCAGGACUCAAAGAUUACGUUAGAUGAGUACAGAGCUCAGCCUGACAAUCCUGCCGCUAUUGAACUUGGAAACAUGUUUGAGUUCUAUAAACGAGGAAACCCAGACCGUGACAUAAGAUUGACUAAGAAGCUGAAUGAAGAAACUCAGAGGUUUGACGUGUGGGUUAGGGAAAAUAAAGCCAUGCUGGAGGAGGCUUUCUCCAAGAAACAGUGAAUCAGAAUGAUAGGACAGAUGAAAUCUGACAUGUACCUUACAACCAGUCACACUCGCACAGUAAUAGGCACUCCCUUCUGUCAGGUCAUUUAGACUUAACGUAAACGGGAAAUGCAUACGAAGGAUAACCCAACUUAUUCACUUAAAUCCUGGAAACGUCCUUCGCCAGCCGUUUGAAUUUUAUUGAUUAGCUUGUAGCAUUGCUAACAAUAAUUACCAUCACCAAUAUCUAUACCUAGUCUUUAAAUAAAG